CAAAAAGGAAAGAAAGAAAAAAAGAAAAGUGUCCUUACUGAUUUCGUUUUUCUCUUUUUUCUUCGUUUCUUUAUAAUCCUAUUUUCGGAAUCUUUAAGUGUCGCGUUGAGAUCUUUUAUUUUUUAUUUAUUCUUUUUCUUCUUAUUUGUUUUAUUUCUUUUUCGUUCCUUUCUCUAAAUCGUUCCAACGAUUGGACAAUAAUUUUCAACUUACGAGAGUUCCUCUAUUCACAUCGAAUCUUCAACGAGAUUCGUACAUUGAAUCUGAACGUCAAUCAACUAGAUAAGUUUGAUCAAUAUGGAGCAAGGUGGAAUUUCGAUAAUAUCACCGCCAGGAAUUACGGAAAAUUCCAUUGGAAAACCGACGAAAAACAUUGGACUAGCAUUGAGAUCAAACGCGGGUAUUAGAAGUGCCAAAGAGAAGCUGAAAGCACCUUGGUUAACAAAUUUAAUAAAGGAAGAAAAGUCGAUCUACGAGACGAUCAUGACACUCCUAGGAGAGAUCAUCGGCACUGCGAUUUUAGUUUUUAUCGGAUGCUUGAGUUGCGUAGGAAGUAUGGGUAUCGUUGCGCCAAAUUAUCAAAUUUCCAUGAGUUUCGGUUUGGCAGUCAUGAUUGCGAUUCAGUGCGUGGGUCACAUAAGCGGAGGUCACAUAAAUCCAUCGAUCACAGUGGCUAGUUUAAUCCUCGGCCUUAAGUCUCUACCUAUGACCGGCCUCUACAUUUUUGCACAAUGUUUAGGAGGAGUCUUCGGUUAUGGUUUGUUAAAGGCGAUAACUCCAAACGGUAUGUUGCACGCUGGAAAUCCAGAAGAUACGAUUUCCUUCUGCAAGACUGACGUUCAUGAGAAUUUAAGUGUUUUUCAAGGAUUGUUAUGCGAAAUCAUUGCAACUAGUAUAUUGGUAUUCUUUGCAUGUGGUGUUUGGGAUCCACGAAAUGAAAAGAAUUCGGAUUCUGUACCAAUGAGAUUUGGUUUUUGUAUCACCGUUCUUUGCUUUAUCUUCAUUCCUUAUACUGGUUGUAGCUUGAAUCCAGCUAGAUCAAUCGCACCAGCUAUUUGGAACGGAUAUUGGAACAAUCAUUGGAUCUUUUGGAUCGGUCCAAUUAGUGGCGCUAUUAUAUCAUCCAUUAUUUAUCGUUGUCUCUUUUUACCCAAGAUUAAAAAUGAAGACAAUCAGAAUACCUUGACUGGAGUACAAACUUAAACGGAUUGAUACAAGGAACGAUCACAAUUCGAGAGAGAAAGAGUGAAAG